GUACGCCAUUAGUCACCAUAAAUUGGUGAGGGCUCAAGUACCUCGCAGUUCCGGCACGAUACGUACCGACUGGCCCCAAAAAAAAACUGGUAGCUGGCCAGCGAAAGCGUUGUUCGGUGAAAUUCCCUCUCUCAACCCGACCUGUUCCAUCUCUCAACACCAACUUCAGUUCAUCACCAUUUUCAAUUCCCACGUCAAAGUCGACGACCAGGGAAUUAAGAGAAGCCUGUCCACUGCAGCUUCUUGUCUUUCAAGUUCUGUUCUCUCUUCCCCGUCGACCCUCCGACCUCGUCCUCUCCGACUCCUCGGUCAAUUGACUUGUUCAACAAACCGCCGCACAUCAUGUCUCGCAUUCUCCGACCCGCAGCUCGCAUAGCUGCUUCGACCCGGGCUCUUCGCGCUCCCGCUGUCCCCUCGUUCGCCCAGUCUGCCGCCGCUCGCGUUGCUCUUGCUCGACCUGUUGUCUUUGGUUCCGCCCAGACCCGAUCCUACGCCGAUGCCCAGAGCUCUGGUGUCAAGGAGGUCACUGUCCGAGAUGCGCUCAACGAGGCCCUCGCUGAGGAGCUUGAGCAGAACGAGAAGGUCUUCAUUCUCGGUGAGGAGGUUGCUCAGUACAACGGUGCCUACAAGGUGACCAAGGGUCUUCUCGACCGCUUCGGUGAGAAGCGUGUCAUCGAUACACCCAUUACUGAGUCUGGUUUCUGUGGUCUCGCUGUUGGUGCUGCCCUCAGUGGUCUUCACCCCGUCUGUGAGUUCAUGACCUUCAACUUCGCCAUGCAGGCCAUCGAUCAGAUCAUCAACUCUGCUGCCAAGACCCUAUACAUGUCUGGUGGUAUCCAGCCUUGCAACAUCACCUUCCGUGGUCCCAACGGCUUCGCUGCUGGUGUCGGAGCCCAGCACUCCCAGGACUACUCCGCUUGGUACGGCAGCAUCCCCGGUCUCAAGGUCGUCUCUCCCUGGAACUCCGAGGAUGCCAAGGGUCUCCUGAAGGCCGCCAUCCGCGACCCCAACCCCGUCGUUGUUCUCGAGAACGAGUUGAUGUACGGACAGAGCUUCCCCAUGUCCGAGGCUGCCCAGAAGGACGACUUCGUCAUUCCCUUCGGUAAGGCCAAGAUUGAGCGAUCCGGCAAGGACCUGACCAUUGUCUCCCUCGGCCGCACUGUUGGCCAGUCUCUUGUUGCCGCCGAGAACCUCAAGAAGAAGUACGGUGUCGAGGCUGAGGUUAUCAACCUGCGAUCCGUCAAGCCUCUCGAUGUUGAGACCAUCAUCCAGUCCGUCAAGAAGACCGGCCGUCUCCUGUCCGUCGAGUCUGGCUACCCUGCCUUCGGUGUCGGAUCUGAGAUCCUUGCCUUGACAAUGGAGUACGGCUUUGACUACCUCGAUGCCCCUGCUGCCCGUGUCACCGGUGCUGAGGUCCCUACCCCUUACGCCCAGAAGCUCGAGGAGAUGUCCUUCCCCACCGAGAAGCUGAUCGAGGACUACGCUGCCAAGGUUCUCCGUCUGUAAAAAUGAGAAACGAGGGAUGAGAGAGAAAUAUAGUUUACCUGCUCGAGCAUGUCAGGUCGACGCCAUGCCUACGUAUCGCGUGUAUGACAGAGUUUGCUUCAUGCUACCCAUCGUGGCAUAUGAAUUGCGAUGCGGAUGAGAAUCUGGUCCAAUUGGCGUAUUUGAUGGACACUUUUUUGAUAGACGUGCGGAAGGGAAGGGAAAUGUAAUUUUACCGCGUGUGCCAUGAUAGUCAGGGCAUAGCAUCCGUCUUAUUAAUGAUCUACCAAUUCACAUUUGUGCCCCCUCACUGUG